UAUUUGAGGAGCGUUGGAUUCGCAGUGAAUGGCGUAGAUGAUGGGAGAUGAUGUGUUACUGCAAAAUUAAUUGGAUAAAAUUGCAAACCUCCAAGAUUUAAUAUUUUUAAAUUAUGUUUCCUGAAUAUCGAUUUGUUCUAUAAUUAAUUCUUCUUCUUUCGCGAACACUCGUCUAGAAGUCUCUGUCGCAAAUAAUUCUGCUCAUAGGUGUUGGGAGUGAUCGAGAUGGGGCAGUUAACAGCAGCAGCCGCAGCUUUUGUUACGGUGGUUCUGAUAACGACGACGAUGAUCGGAGCAGAAGGUGAGCGCAUUAACAAAACUUCGUCGUCAAAUGGUAUAUUCUGGUCAGCAGCUAACGAAGAGGCUGAUUCCGCCUCUGGUAUUGUCAAUGACCUCGAGGACCGGCAGUUGGACGGCGGCGUUUCUACUCUUGACGGGAUGUUGCAGUGGGCCAUUGGUCACUCCGAUCCGCAGAAAUUAAAGGAAGUUGCACAGCGUUUAUCUCCUACCGAAUUGAAGAAUCGUCAAUUGGAAAUUAGGCAACUGGUGGACGAGUUGAGGAUGCCAUCUGAUGCGCAGCUGAUGAAGGUUGCGAUUACUGACUUAAAUAACUCCUCUUUAUCCUUGGAAGAUCACCACCGUGCGUUGCAGGAGCUUCUAAUUCUGGUUGAGCCAAUUGAUAAUGCUAAUGAUCUGAGCAAACUCGGUGGAAUUGGUGUGCUAAUACAAGAUCUUAAUCAUCCCGAUUCAGAUGUUAGGAGAAUGUCAGCAUGGGUUCUUGGGAAAGCAAGUCAAAAUAAUCCAGUUGUGCAGAGACAUAUCCUGGAAAUGGGGGCACUUGGUAAGCUAAUGCACAUGGUAAAUUCAAAUUCUGUGGAAGAAGGAAUAAAAGCAUUCUAUGCUAUUUCAGCAUUGAUCAGAAACAAUUUGUCUAGUCAGGAAUUGUUUUAUGCAGAAGCUGGAGAUCAGAUGCUUCAGGACAUUCUUAGCAAUUCAAGCACAGACAUCAGGUUACGGAGGAAAGCUGUAAAUCUGGUUGCAGAUUUGGCUGAAUAUCAACUAGAAAGUGUAGGAAGAGAUGAGUUGGCUUUCUUCAGCAAUCAGUUGUUCUUGAAGUCUGUAAUCGACCUAACAUCAUUAAUUGACCUUGAUCUCCAGGAAAAGGCUCUUGUAGCAAUCAAGAAUCUCUUGCAGCUCAAAACAACUGAAGCUUUGAUUGUCAAGGAUUUUUGUGGUUUAGAUGGUGCCUUGGAGAGAAUGAGGCAGCAGCUGCUCGAUUUAAUGGCAGUGGAAAAUCAUAGAGAUUAUGCAAUGGAUAUUGAAAAACUGCGUCUGGAAGUGGAACUGAUGUUUCGGAGUAAGACCGGAAAGGUAACGAAAUGAUGGUUCCAAUGUGACGAGAAGAAUCCAGUCUCACAUUUUUGAUGCAAUUUGUAUAUGUAUAUUAUUUAAAAUGGGUAUGUAACUUGGGGUUAGAAGAAGGGAUUGUUUUUACAUUUAGAUCGAGUUAGGGGUGGUCAAAUAUGAGUUAUGUAAGUUAUAAACUUUGGCUGGGAUAGUAUUUUUAAUGCAAUAUUGACCAUCUGAAA